UGAAAGAGGCCGGGAAAUUUUCUACGUCAGAUCAACAAUAUUAUUUUUGUCGGCAAGGAAUGUAGUAUACGGAAUUGUCGUGCAAAUCCUUGCCAGUUGUGCGGAUAAGUUAGUUACUCUAUUUUGCCAUAAUGUGCACCGCAACCUUUCGAGUUUCUUGGCUAAGUAUAAUUACUUGGUUGUUAGCCUUCGACUAUCUGAAGUCAGAGACAUUAUCCGACUACACCGAUUGCCGUACUCUAACUAAAGAAGCGGGCUUGUGUAUAUCUAUAAAGGAGUGUAAGCCAUUAUUAAAUUAUCUAUCCUCGGUACCAGUAAUAACGCCAGAAAUUUCGAAACGAUUACAUGAAUAUCAUUGCGGUUUUAAAGGAAAAGAUGUUCAAGUGUGCUGUCCCUCAAAUGGUGUAAUAUAUAUAGGAGAUCACGUCAAUGAUGGAGAUUCAAUAACAAAACACAAAAAUUUCCAUUUAUUGCCCAAAGACUGCGGAUUAUCUGUCAGAGAUCGCCUUCUUGGGGGAAACAUAGCUUCUCUCUUUGAAGUACCUUGGAUGGCCUUACUGUCUUAUGAAACUCCAAAUGGAACAGAAUUUCGUUGCAGUGGUUCCGUUAUCAAUAACCGAUAUAUUUUAACGUCUGCUCAUUGUCUGUCGAAGAACCGCGAAAUUAAAUUAAAGGAAGUCCGUUGCGGAGAACACAAUUUGAAUACGUUGGUGGAUUGUGAAGGCGAAGAUGUUACUGCUUAUAAUACAAAAAUGUGUGCACCCCCAGUACAAGACAUUGGCAUUGAAGAAAUUAUUGCACAUCCUGGAUACAACCUAAAAAGUUUCACAAAUGAUAUCGGUUUAAUUCGUUUAGAAAGGCCGCUAAAUGUCGUUGCUGAAAAUGUACAACCAAUUUGCCUCCCGGUAUACACGACUCUUAAAAACACUACCAGAUGGUUUACCGUAACAAGUUGGGGACUUACAGGCGUGAAAAGUGCCGAACUACAUAAGAUAACAAAUGAAAUUGUUUCGCAAGAGCAAUGCCAAAAGGCGUAUGCACCGGUAUUGCCGAUGCAAAUAAAUGAGGACCAUCUGUGCGCAACUCAAAAACAUGAGCAAAUAUGUUACGGUAACAGUGGUGAUCCAUUGCAAAUAGAAACAAUUUUAGAUGGCGACAUUCAUAACGUGCAGUAUGGUAUUUUUUCAUUUGGGCCAAGAAGUUGUAGAAUGACCGAUUUUCCAUACGUCUUCACAAGAGUUGAAUCGCACUUAAAAUGGAUCUUAGACAAUUUAAAGGCGUAAACCAUACUAAUUAAUGCUGUUAGCUGUGGUCUUUGCAUAAUCAUAAAUCAUAAUCAUCAUAAGCAUUUAUAGUGGUUUUAAAUACAUACAUAAUGCACUUGUCUGCACUUGUUAAUAUCAUCAUUUUACAUCCACCAUCUUUCUGCCGCAAGAUGUAAUCAUCACAUUUAUUUACAAGAAAUACACAUUCUUCAUCAACUUUA